AUGGCCGAGGCCAGUGUGCCGCGGUCCUCGCCGCUGGCCGUGCCCACGUCGGCGACGCGCCGCAUUCUCCUCGACCCUGAAGCCUCGACCCACUCCAUGCCCAAUCUGCAACACGUUGCCUCCAGCCCCAAGCUCAGCGCCUCCCCCCGUUUCAUGCAAGAACGCCUCAGUCACCACGUCUCCCUGACCAAGGAUCCCUCCGUGGCCUCCCGCAACGAAGAAGAAGAGGGCUCGCGGCUGGUCCGCGUGUGCGUCAGCUCAGCUGACAACUUGGCCCGCAAAAGCAUGCUGCGCAUGCCUGACCCCUUUGCUCUCGUUAGCAUCGACAACGAGCAAUUUCAAUCCGCGGUGGCACGACGCACGCUCUCCCCGCAAUGGCUCACGGAACGCGACAUGUUCAUGAACCCAUCUUCUAUCCUCACCAUUUACGUCUUUGACGCCAAGCGCUAUCGCCCCCGCGACUGGGCCGGCUUUCUUGGUAUGGCCGUGAUUGAAGCCAACGCCUUUCUCGACUCGACCACCCUCGGUGAAGGUGCCACCAAAGUGCUGAACUUUCGCCUUCGCAAGCGCGUACCCGAUGACCUCGUCACUGGCACCAUCUGCGUCAAGGUUCGCAUCCUGUCUGACGAGCUCGACAUGCACGCCAGCACUGGCUUGGUGCCCGCGGUCCCCCGCACGAGCUCUCCUCGUAGCGUGGCCGUGCCCCAGGAAGAGGAGCGCAUGCUUUCCACUUCUCCUGGCGUUGGCUGGCAAAAACUACCCAAAAACAGCAGCACCGAUCAUCUCAACGUUUCUCAGCCACUUCUUCCAAGUCAAGUUAGCACCCAUGCCUCCCUCAUCUCUUGUUCAAAAGAGUGUGCCCCAUCUUGGCUCAGCGUGCCAUCUAGGGUGAUUGACUCUGCCAGAUCAUCGACUGGUCCACUCACGGCAGCGAUCCCUUACCCAUGCAUUCCCCCACCUCAGCCACCACCACCAACGGUCACCAUCGAUGAGGUGACUCGCAGCUUUGUCGUGGACUGGACCGAUGAUCAGGCUGUGGAUGGAGUAACCUACAAUCUGGCCGUCUUGCCAGACAUGGCUGAAACACCGCAAGAUAUUUACUCUGGAACUGAUUCAUUCCACACCCCCGUGGGCCUUGUGCCUGGCAAGCGCGUUCGCUUCGUGGUGAGCGCCACCAACUUCUUUGGCACCAGCGAGUACAGCUUGCCCAGCCCUCCCAUCACAAUUCCUGAGUUUGACGAGACACGCGCGCCCACCCCUGAUGAUCGACCUCACUGCCCUUUCUUCAUGACGGGCUUUUGUCCACGUGGCAGCGCUUGUCCACUGUACCAUGGCGAGCGGCUAUCGCAAGGAGACCUGGCCGCUGCUCUAGCUGCCAUUGCUAGUGUGUCGGAUCCCGAUGUGCAGCUGGCGUUUGCCCUGCAAGCCUCAAUGCAAGAGGCCCAAGGUGCCUCAUACGAUGACUCCAAUCAAACACUCUUCAAACGCGAAUUCCAUCGCAAGGAACUCGAACUGCGCGAGCGGGUUGGUCUUCUCAUUCUGGGCUUGCAAGUGUGA